CAGAACAAGGCCAAAGGGUAACGAAAAGGCCUUCGCUUUCGGAUUUGUUCAACCUGAGUCCGCGCAUGGUCAACAAAGGCACGUACAUGUACAUGUACACGUACAUUUUGUACAUGUAUUGGUAUAUGGGUGUGAUGGAAGUCCAGCUGGACGACUAACGCACGAUACAGAUAGAACUAGCUAGGGGCAUACCCGAAUGACCCUUGUACCACUGGUACCAGCCAAGUUGAUGGUCGCAACUUGAAGUUGGUUCCCUCUGUACUAAUAAAUAAAAUCGGCUUGGCCUAUUGAUAACCAUCUGUGCGACCACGUCAGAGGGCCUGGUUCAGUCAACUAUAUAAUUCCAACCCAUCACUGGUUGUGGUGUUUCACAAGCCAUAGUUAACUGUGUCCGUCGCUCGAAUUUGCCUUAAGAUGUCGUCUGAAAACCACGUGAUUAGAUCCACCUACAGCAAUGUUACGAUGCAAGACAUCAUCGAGAAUUUGAAUCUCUCUCCUCAUCCUGAAGGAGGAUUUUACAGGGAAACCUAUCGGUGUGAUGAUGUGAACAGUGAUGGUCAGUCUCAUAGCACGGCCAUUUACUACGUUAUGACCAAAGGCGAUGGACUCGUGUGGCAUAGAAUCCGCGGCAAAAACGAGUUGUGGCAUUUUUACGCGGGAGAUCCGGCCGAGGUCCGCCUUGCGUCUCCAGACGGAAAUCUCCAAAAGGUGAUCACCUUUGGGCCGGAUAUUUUUCAAGACCAGCAGCCUCAGUUGUUGAUUCGUGCCGAUCAGUGGCAAAGCGCCAAGUGUCUGGGAGAAUGGACGCUAUUCGGUUGCACAGUCAGUCCAGGAUUUGAGUUUAAAGAUUUUGAAUUAGCACCGAAGGGUUGGCAACCGUUGGGAGAAACGAAGUAAUGUCCAGAACUACACUUCCGAUGAGAACGAGCCAGUGUUGCGGGAAUUUGAUAUUCUAAAGGACGGAGGAUUUGUCUACCUCACAUCGUAAUUCGCAUGAUAACCGAUGUCACGUUGGAUGGAAUUAGGGGCACAGAGGGCGCUGUGCAUUAAUAUGAGCUCACCUGUUGCGUGCAGGCCAUAAAUAGGCCGAAAACUGCUUGCGUUGGCCAAAUCACAAUAAUUUGUAAUGUACUCAUUUUCUCUACAAAAUCAUAAGUAGAGCGUGAACUUCAAGAAUUGUAGAAAAAACAGGUUAGUGGAACAAAUACCACCUUGUCUGAAUGAGAUUUGGAAGAAAUCGGCGCCUGAAAAACGGUCUAUUUUUCAAGAAGUGUAGGCAUCGACUUUUCAAAAUGGUGAAGGGCUUCACGACUGCUUUGUAGGGGUGACCUGUGGAAAACAAUAUCUUCCAAAGUCAUCAGUUAUUGAAUAGAAUUUUGAAAAAAAAUUAAAAUAUAUAGAGCUUUAAUUUGAUGUGCGUCUCAAACUUCUGAGAAACUCUUGAGUAUGUUACCUGAUUAUCAGGUAUUUAUCACUUUAGGUUAUGGAAGUUUACUUACUGGUCUGCAACCGUUAGAGAAAGAGAGAAAGAGGAGCGCCACCUUUAGAUUUUGGAAAGUAAACAAUACGUGUUUAUUAUGUGUAAAGUUGAUGGUGCGGCUAAUGUAUACGUAUUGUGGCUGUCCUUUUCCUUUGGCACAUACACAUGCCGUGUGUUACUAUGGUAACACUUGUGUUGCAACUCUCUCUUGCACGACUCUGAUAUACAAUUGUUGACUCGGUUAUUAACCACGCUUCACUUUUUCUAUAGAGAACGCUUUUAAAAAAAAUUUACUAUUAAAUUUUAGUCUAAAUUUUGGCUUCAUAAUUCUUUCCCUUGAGGCUGGCUCUUGGGUCAAUUUUGAUCCUUGCCUUUGGAGCUUCCCAACCCAAAUGAACUAUUCUAUUUUCGUAAGACACCUCAAUGUGAACGUUUGAAAAACUACUUCUGCAAUUGGCUGCUGAGUCAGAGAAGGCGAGGCCGACGACGGGAACUUCAAGAAAAACUAAUUUAACCCUCAAAUAGAGGGAUUAUUUUGGCUCAUCUCACAGCCUCGUGGGGGCGGAUUCUCUCCCAACCCAGCACUUAGUUGUACGCUCGAUUUUUUAAAAUUUGGAAUGCAUGUAAGAAUACUCCUUAUCAUUACAAAAUAAUGUCAAGUUUAAAAUCAAUCAAACAUAAUGGUUUUGUUGUUACAGUCAUUAGAAGUUCAAGACUACAUGCGUGCCAGCCCGCGUACGGUUGAGCACCUGUGGGAAACGUAUACCUUUUGGCUGACCUGUCUGUGAAAAACUGGUGCUGCGCAAGAGUGGUCGGUUGGAUUCUUACAAAAUUGGUGUCAAAAUGAUAUCCGAAAAGUAUCAAGUCGGCGGAUUCUUUCCCGUUUCUUUUAGGGUUAAAUUGAUUUGUCAAAACCUUCGAACCUAAGUUACAUCUACUUUCGUGUGUAUAUAACAUCAUUUUACUUUUGAUUAUGAUAAGAUAACGUUCCUUGUAUUUUAGUGGGUAGCUUCAUGUAAAACAUGUAGUUUUAAAUUUCAUGUUUAAUUUUUUCGUACCUGUAUGAAUGAAGUCUUUUCAAUACAAGCGA